GACGUGCAUUGCACGAAUUUUUGGUGGAUUUUAGCUUUACUGGAAUAUUAUAUCUUCUGUUUCUUUCAAAACAAGUGUCUGGCGGUAUUGUGUAAUAGAAAUGUGGAUAAUGGACUCUUUUUCUCCAAAACCGAUGUUUGUGUAGGCCCUAGGUUGUGUAAAAAAUACUCGUUUGUUGAAUUUGUAUUAUUUGGAAGAAAGGUUGCACAAGUAUGAUAGAUUGUCUGAUUGGCUUCUCAAUGUUUUGGAUUAUGGCGUGCCUUUUUAACCCCCAGCGGUCUAAAUAUCUUACGGCGCUUGGGCGUGGUCUCCAAGAUUACCCCCAUUCUGUUCGAGACGCCCCCUUUCUGAGAUUGACUUGUAAAGCGCAUAGUACUAAAAGCAUAACUGCACAUUAAAAGACCGUUAAGAGUGUAAAUCAGACCAUCAUUUUACACGCGAGUUGUUGUUAUUCAGGUAUCUGCCUCCCAUUACGGGCGGUCGUUUGAUGUUACCUUGCUGAUACAUUGUAUCAUAUCAGAUACGAAUGGCUGAUCGGCAUUUUUUUUUUUAAGAAACGUACAUUGUAUCGUAAGAGUCUGUUGUUUUCACGCCCUUUUUCAGAUAUCCUGAUUGUUGGUUUAAACAUUUAAAUCAAAUCAUAGCCUCUAUUUAUAUGUUUAGUCAACUCAAUUAUGGUAUUGUAUAUAUUGGGUACUUUUACAGCUUUACAAAUCACAGUCACUUCAACCAUGCCUUACCAAUUCUUGAAGAGUUCUCUUCGUUCGUCAAUUUCGCUGCACUUCACUGUCAACUAGGCCAGCACGAUACCAUACCUUACGUUUCCAUCACUAAACGGCCGGUUGGAGCAGCACGCUACCGUAGCUUUCCAUGCGUUGAACCAAUCCCCGGGAAUCAUGCACCACCUUCACAGUGCCAGCUUUGGGGUCAAGCUUACAAGUGCCAUCGAGGAACACUGCACAUGCGAAUGGAUUUUUUUUGCUGCACUUUGUUGUAUCGCACUAUUGAAUGAUAAGCACCAUCGUGUCACCACUCAGCCAUAAGCACUUUAAGAAGCCGCCUCACCCUCAUCCACUGUCGACCCUCGUUCAAGGUAGUAAACUAUGGGCAAACAAAACAGUAAAUUAAAGCCGGAGCAACUAGCCGACCUAAAAAACAACACAGAAUUCAGUGACGAAGAACUGCAAGAAUGGUACAAAGGUUUCCUUAAGGACUGCCCCACGGGCCAUCUUACUGUCGAGGAAUUCAAGAAGAUUUACGGCAACUUCUUCCCUUACGGAGAUGCGUCUAAGUUCGCCGAACACGUCUUCCGUACUUUCGACGCUAACGGCGACGGCACGAUCGACUUCCGAGAGUUCAUCUGCGCGCUGUCGGUCACCUCUCGGGGCAAGCUGGAGCAGAAGCUCAAGUGGGCAUUUAGCAUGUACGAUCUUGACGGGAAUGGCUACAUCUCUAGACAAGAAAUGUUAGAAAUCGUUCGCGCGAUCUACAAAAUGGUUGGCAGUGUGAUGAAAAUGCCCGAAGACGAGAGUACGCCCGAAAAGCGAACGGAUAAGAUCUUCAGGCAAAUGGAUAAGAAUUUGGAUGGGAAAUUAUCGCUUGCAGAAUUCAUUGAAGGCGCGAAGAGCGACCCGUCCAUCGUCCGUCUUCUCCAGUGCGACCCAAGUAACUCAUAGAGAAACUACUUACGCACAUUGCACGACUUGUUGGUGGAUUUUAGCUUUACUGUAAUAAUAUCUCUUCUGCUCAGUACUUGCAAAAUAAAUUGAGUAACGGUAUUAUAUCACGGAAAUGUGGAUUAUGGACUGUUUCUAUCGUAAACCGAUGUUCGUGGAGGCCUAGGUUGUAAAGAAAGUCAAGUGUAACUCGUAGCCGCCUACCAACCCCGUACAUUCCUCUGCUAUUGGAUUCUCGUUAUAGGUAUUUGUAUGAUGAAAAUGAUGAAAAAAAGCCGCCCAAUUAAUGUCUGUUAUCUGUCGAAGUCUCAUUUGUGUUAGCUUGUUUUAUGUACUCAAAAGAUCAAAGAUAUAUCUGCAGCUGUAGUGUACAAAUAAAAAGAUGGAUGUUUGCGCA